GUAUUUGAAGAGACUCACACAGUCACAGAGGGACAAGACUUCACAGCAGAAUGUGUUUUUUUUUUUUUCUAUGGAAGUAAAAGACUCUUCUGUAAAAAUGACUGUGAUAAAAAAAAGAAACAUUUUGGUGGAGACUACAGGACGUCGAGCUGAGAAAGACAGAUACAGUCUUCAGUUUGAUGAAUGGACCAAUAUAAUGACAGUGGGAAUCAAGAAGGUGCAACUGUCUGACUCUGGACAAUACAAGUGCAAGUUGGAAAGGACUGGGCCUGAUGGCCAUGAAACAUUUCAGAUUAGUGUCCUCAAAGUCAGACCCACACAGAGGCCUGGUCCAAGUCCUGAUCCUGGUUUUGACCCAGAUCCUGAUCCAAGUCCUAGUCUGAAUCCAAACUCUACUAUCAGACCUGAACAUGAACUACAGUCUGAGGCUCCACACAGAUCUUCACAAACAGGUUCUGUGCUGUACAUUGGAGUGACUCUUGCAGUGAUUCUGAUGAUCUUCUCAGUUGUUCUUUUAAUAUUUUACUGCAAAAAGAAAGAAAACAAACCCACAGAGUUUGCGGUGAACAGAGAGUUGGGGGAAGUUCCAGAGGGGGACAGGGAGUACGAGGAGGUGCCGGAGCGACAGGUGCAGAGCACAUCUGACAGGGGUUCUGACAUUUACAGUUUGGCCUCAGCUCCAGCUCACACACAGGUGGACUCAGGGCUGUACUCUGAGGUGACAGACUUCAGCAGGAACAGCGCCCCCCACAGUCGGGCUGAGGCAGUGAUCUACUCUGCAGUGCAAACUCAAAACACUUCACUGUACUCCAACAUUUCUGCUCUGCAAUAAUAGUUAAAGGUCCCACAUGAUGCUUUGAGGAUGUCAUAACAUUAAUUCUUGUGUAUUUAAUAUUGUUUGUUUUUUUCUUACUUUCCUUUUGAACAGCUGAAUAAGAUGUGGUCAGUGUUGGGAGUGUUACUUUUAAAAUGUAUUCCCCUACAGAUUACAGAUUACAUACCCCAAAAUGUAGUUUGUAACGGAAUCCAUUCAAUUACUUAAAGUGAGUAAUGUAAUCUGAAUACUUUGGAUUACUUGAUUUGCUGUAGAGAAGCAAAGACGAGGAAAUCGUAACAUAAGAUGUUUUAUCUGCUAAAAGAAAAUGAAAAGCCCAGACUUUACUGAACCAAAUUAAAAAUAUUAUUGAUAGAAGAUGAGGAGACACGCUCCUCGCAGCUUGGUUUAGUCAGGUUUUAGACCUGGUUUUAGACCUGGUUUUAGACCUGGUUUAGACCGAGUUUAGACCUGGUUUAGUCCUGGUUUAGUCCUGCUUUAGACCUGGUUUAGACCUAGUUUAGACCUGGUUUAGACCUGGUUUAGACCUGGUUUAGACCUGGUUUAGUCCUGCUUUAGACCUGGUUUAGACCUGGUUUAGACCUGGUUUAGUCCUGGUUUAGUCCUGCU